AAUCCAUCUUCAUUCUCUCUCUCUUCUCUUUCUCUCUCUGGAGCGAUGGAGGAGAUUCCAUCACCGUCGCAUUUCUCACCGGAGCUCAACCUCGACACCCUCAAGGCCAUCAGAGUCCUCGGCAAGGGAGCCAUGGGGACCGUCUUCCUGGUCCACGACCCGAAAUCCGACCCGUCCGCCACCUUCCCUUUCGCUCUCAAAGUCGUCGACAAGUCCUUGCUCCGCACCAAGCUCGACGCCGAGCGCCGAGCCCGGUGGGAGGUCCAGGUCCUGACCCGACUCUCCGGCCCGAACCAGCACCCGUUUCUGCCUUCUCUUCUAGGUUCGUUCGACUGCGACGAGUAUUUGGGCUGGGCCGUCCCUUACUGCCCCGGCGGCGACCUCAACGUCCUCCGCUACCGCCAAAACGACCGCGUUUUCUCCCAAACGGUGAUCCGUUUCUAUCUGGCAGAGAUCGUCUGCGCGCUGGAGCACCUCCACAGCAUGGGGAUCGCUUACCGGGAUUUGAAGCCAGAGAACGUGCUGAUCCAACAGUCGGGUCACGUGACCCUCACGGACUUCGACCUUUCCAGAAGCCUGAAACACCAGGCCGUUAAAACCGUCGUGGACGACGCGCCGGAGAUCCGCCGCAAACACCGCAGGAACCUCACUCGCUGGAUGAGCAUUAUCAACGAGAACAACAAGGCCGGGUUGAAGAAGGCCAAGUCUGCCCGGGUCAGUCCGGUCAGCCGCCGCAAGCCGAGCUUCUCCGACAACGGCGAGCGGGCCAACUCGUUCGUCGGCACAGAGGAGUACGUCUCCCCCGAGGUCGUCCGCGGCGAGGGUCACGAGUUCGCCGUGGACUGGUGGGCCCUAGGGAUUCUCACCUACGAGUGCCUCUACGGGACGACGCCGUUUAAGGGGAAGAGCCGGAAGGAGACGUUCCGGAACGUGCUGACGAAGACGCCGGAGUUCGUGGGGAAACGGACGGCGCUGAUGGACUUGAUCGAACGGCUGCUGCACAAGGACCCCACCAGGCGGUUGGGGUACGUGAGAGGAGCGUGCGAGAUCAAAGAGCAUGAGUUUUUUCGCGGGGUGAGGUGGGACCUACUAACGGAGGUGUCACGGGCUCCGUUUAUUCCGCCGAGGGAGGAGGACGGAGACGUAACGGAGAGCAGGGCCGCCUCGGCGAGAUGUGGGCCGAGCGUGAGAGAGUACUUUCAAAAGUUACGGGCUCCUCCGCCGUCAAUGCCGCCGUCGCCGGAUUAUCAGUUAGCGGAGUUUUGACACACGUGUGGGAGGUUUGCACGUGUAGGAAGUUAAUUUACUUACACUUGUUGUAUAAAUAGAAUAACCCGUAGAAUUUGUGGUAGUAUAUAUAGACGACUAUAGUUAGUUAGACUUGUAUUGUAUAGCAAUUUUUAUACGGUGUAUAAAAAUUUCUUGGUUGCUUUGUC